AUGCCUAGCAUGUGGUUAACAGAAAACCAGAAGAUCGGUGUGAUCUUCUGCUCAGCCGGAGGCUUGUUCCUAUUUGGAGGAGUGGUGAUGUUCUUCGACCGAUCAUUACUUGCCAUGGGAAAUAUUCUCUUCCUCAUUGGAUUGACCCUGAUCAUUGGUGUCCAGAAAACCAUGGUCUUCUUCACCCGCCCGCAAAAACUCAAGGGGACCGCCGCGUUCGCUGCCGGUAUUCUCCUCAUUCUCUUCCGCUGGCCCUUGACCGGGUUCCUGAUCGAAUUGUACGGCCUCUUUAUCCUGUUUGGUGACUUCCUCGUCACGAUCGGCCAAUUUGCGGGUAACGUCCCUGUGGUAGGGCCGUACAUCCAACGUGCCCUGGAGGUUCUUGCUGGUGGAAGGAGCAAUGCCGAGCUUCCUGUAUGA